AAACCGCGAAUAAAAACAGGCUGGAUGACCGCUGUGACUGCUACAGCUCACCGCCCUUUUUGUUUAUCGAUCGAUCGAUCGAUCCUCUUGUUUUUGAGUCGUGUUGUGUUGUGUACUUGUGCUCUCUCUCUCUGUGUUGUAUUAUUUGUUGUGUUUCAAGAAUAGACUCGAUUUUGCUGUGGCGUAGCUAUAGUUGUCCAGGUUUUUUCCGGGCCGAAACCCAGAUCUUAGUUUUGGUCGGUGGCAACAGCAGCAGCUAAAGCUUAAGGUUUGGAGUAGCUAAGGAGGGAAUCAAGAUGGGAUCUCUAUUUCAAAGCUUUCAACAGAACAAGCAGCGGCAGCAGGGCCUUCCUCUGUCACACCGCCCCGCAGACUCCAACGUCGUUAAAUAUACCAAGCACAACCGCAAUAGUAGCAGCAGUAAUAAUGAAGUACAAAGUGAAAGUGGGCCAUUGAGUGGCGGAGGCGGCAUUCGCAAGAGACUCUCCUCCCUGUCCCUCAAGAUGCAGAUGCAGCUACAACCGUCGUCGUCCGCCAUGAUGAUGAUGAUCUCCUCCUCCUCCUCCUCCUCUCAUCGCUGGUCGUCAUCAUGGGCCGGGGCAUUUCGCCGAUCCAAAUCUACGUCCUCCAUGGGCACAGCAGAUCAUCAUCAGUAUGGAGGAGGAGGAGGGGAUUCCAUAAUAAGGAAAUGGUGGGAGUGGGGAUGGGGGUGGAUCUUGUCCAGGAAGCCCACCUUCGCAAAAGAUCUGGAGAUGAACGAGGCAGAAAGUGCUGCCCUGGGUCGGCAGAGCAAGGGCAGCUGGAGGCACAUCUUCUACAAGGUCAAGUCUGAACUGGGAAAGCUCGUAGGUUCUUCCGACAACGCGGGGCUUCCUCAAACCAUCCGUUACGGUUCCUCCUCCAAGAAUUUCGACCGGGUCCCACUUACAACCACCCAGUACUAGUAAGUAGUACGAGUUCAGUAUAUGGAAACUAAACUAAGCUGCUGCAUUUUGCAUUUGCCUAUUGUAUUGCUCCAUUCCUCCCCAAAAUCAAGAAAGCCAUCCAUCCGCCGCCGUCACCCCACCUCCUCCACUCCAAGCUGAAUGAAAGAUAUUUUUCUCUGGUUUGCCAUCGGAAGUUUUCGAUUCAUUUGCUGCUGCAACUACUACUGUCUGCCUGCUAUAAAGUAUGUAAGUACAAUUUGUUGGUAAUUGAUGGUUUUGGAAUGGGGUGCUGAUCAGGGAUAUAUGGAUGAGGGCAACACUACUACAUACGUUGUGAUUAUUCAUUCCAUUUUGUUAUUUGUAACUUUCGUCACUGGUGGCGAUGAUCAUUUGUUUAUUUCAUCCAAGAUUUUCUUUACUUGAUGUUCCACCUCCAUCUCCA